AAGCGAAAACUGUAACUAUAUGCAACCAGGGUGACGAUACUUUUAAAGUUGGCUCAGAUUUAAAAACAAGAAAAUAAAAACAAACUUUUACUGUCACAAAGACAAUUUGUAGGCAUUAUUAAUAUUAAAAUGAGCAGUUCUAAAGUGAAUAAAAAAUAUGGAGUCCUCGAAGAACAUAAAAAACACAUUUGUACCUUGGAUGCUGAACAUGCAAACGCUUAUCGUCCUGAUGAUAGAUCCCUUAGAAGCGCAACUAUUAUAUCAUCGAGAAAUCCAAACACGAGAUAUUUCUUCCGAAGUUUAACUUUGGUCGAAAAAGAGCGCCAGCGUCAAAUAAAAUUGAAAUAUUCGCAUAUUAUUCAUCCGUUGAGUGAAUUUAGAUUGUACUGGGAAGUAGCACAACUGUUUAUCUUAUUCAUUGGGCUAAUUAUCUGCCCAAUUAAUUUCAUUCACGGUCCAGUUCUGUACAACCAAAAGACUUAUUUUGGUUUCAACAUAUGGUUUGCCUACGCUGAGAUAUUCUUCGAUAUUCUAUAUUUAACUGAUGUUGUAAUGACGUUUUUCACUGGAUUUAUCGAUGCAAGAUAUCAAGUUGUACAUUUAAACAUUCGACUUAUCGCUAGAAAAUAUUUGGCGUCAACUCAAUUUUUAUAUGAUAUUCCAAGUGGUAUAAGCACAAUGACAAUAUUACAAAUUUACCGCUCAAUGAUAACAGAAACAUUCAUCACAAUCAAUCAAUUGCGUUGGUGGAGACUUAUCGGUGCUUUUAAAUUAUUCAGAGUCGCGCGAUUUUUGAAAUAUUUACAAAACGCGAGUGAAUUAUUGCAUCACUACUAUUAUUCCAAGUUGGUGAUUAGAUAUUUUGUGCUGAUUUGUAUCGGAUUACACUGGUUAACAUGUAUUUAUAUCACGAUGGAGCAAAGUACGCAAGUGUAUAGUUUGUAUCUUCAUUUAAAUGAGAAUGAGUUUGAAGAUAUGGAGAUAUUAAGCUUCAAUUAUGAGACACUUUUGUUGUUGGAUUAUGGGCAUAUGUAUGUGUAUGCACAAAGUAUCGUCGCAACACAGAUACUGUGGAUUAGCACAACUUAUAGUUUUGGUACAUUGGUGGAUAGACAAUUGAGGCAUUAUGGGAAUAUAACUCAGUUGACUAUUUAUGGAACAGCAGGGCUUAUUUUAUCUACUUUGUUGAGUGUACUGAUUCUACAAAUGAUUCUAUCAACGAAUGCAUCAGAAGCCAAAUAUCACUCAAUAAUGUCCCAGUUAUUAAAUUAUAUGAAACUGAAAGCACUUCCACAAAACAUGAAAGAACGUUUCGUUUGCUACUAUGAAUACCGCUUCCAAAAGAAUUACUUCCGUGAAGCAACUAUUAUGAGCAAACUGUCUGAAUCAUUACGGCAUGAUAUAAAUUUACACUCCUGUCGUUCACUAAUUCAAAACGUUUCAAUCCUACGAGAUUUACCGCAUGAAAUCAUAUCGGAAGUAGUCUUCCAUUUGAAACACGAAGUUUACUUGUAUAAUGAUAUCAUUGUCAAAGCUGAAACCAUUGGUGAUUGCAUGUAUUUUAUUGCUAAUGGUUCAGUAGCAGUGCUGACCCCAUCCGGACGUGAGAUUUGUCACUUACAAGAUGGUUCCUACUUUGGGGAAAUCGCCCUGAUUGCAUCAAAUCAAAAACGCACAGCAAAUGUCAUCGCAAUCGAAAUCUGCGAAGUAUAUCGCUUAGAACGUGCACAUUUUAGUACCUGCUUCCCGAAGAAUACAAUGUUUUACAAAAAAAUUCAACAAACCGCACAAGAACGUAAAGAAAAAACUGUUCUCUUGGAAGAACUGCAUAAGAAGUACCAAAUUGAUCGCGGUGUUUCCGAGGCGCAUUUCUUUCGAUCCUCCACAAAAUACAACAAAUAAUUCCCAAUGUUUAUUUGUAUGUUUGUUAAGAAAUAAAUUUUGUUACUCUAAA